GUGAGCUGUGAUUGGUCACAGCUUGUCACAUGGUACAAGGCUGUUGUGAAUAGUCUUGUACCAUGUGACCUCUGUGAUCAUUCACAGAUUUCACACGUAGUAAGUAAUGAUGUCACAAGUGACAUCUUGCUUACUACUUUGCAUGUGAUCACUGAUUCGCCAAUCAGUGAUCACAUGAUCGGGACCUCGUACAGAGGUCCCCCAGGUGCCCGCACUGAAGAUGCUGGCGAUGGUGAGGAACAGGUAAGACUGGCCAUACACUAUACAAUUUUCUGUCCAAUUUUUGCCCAAUUUCAUUUAGAUUUACCUUCAACUAUGUAGUGCAAGGGCCUGCCUAA